ACGUGGUGAGCACGGGCUUCAUAAACAAGCUGCUGCCACUCUGCCGCUCACUUUCCUCUGAUCCCGUUCCUGUCCAGUGCGCCUCGGAGCCAGACGCACAGGGACCAUGGCACUGGCAGAUACGGAGCGCGGAGUGUCCAUGUGCGGCGACUCCAGCUCACCCUUCUCCGAGAUCAUUGAGCUGAAUGUCGGUGGGCAAGUCUAUGUCACCAGACACAAAACUCUGGUGGCGGUGCCGGAUUCACUCCUUUGGAACAUGUUCAGUAAAAAGUCGCCCAAGGAUUUGGCACGCGACAGCAAGGGACGCUUCUUCUUGGACAGAGACGGCUUCUUGUUCCGCUACAUCCUCGACUAUCUCCGGGAUCUCAACUUGGUGCUGCCGGACUAUUUCCCAGAGAAAAGUCGACUGCAGAGGGAGGCGGACUUUUUUCAGCUGCAGGACCUCGCAAAACGCUUAAGCCCACGGAUGAGUAAGGACAACUCCAUCAGCGAAGAGAUCAGUCAGAGCGACACAGAGGAAGGUGCGCAGCAGUGCGGCCCCUCCGGUACCAUGGAGACUUUACGCACCGUGUCUUCCAGUGGGGCGAUGCGCUCCCCGUCCUUAGAUUCCAGAAGAUCGGGCUAUAUCACAGUAGGAUACCGCGGUUCUUACACAAUCGGAAGAGACAUCCAAACCGAUGCCAAAUUCAGGCGAGUAGCGCGCAUCACCGUCUGCGGCAAGACGUCUCUCGCCAAAGAAGUGUUUGGCGAAACGCUUAACGAGAGCAGGGACCCCGACCGACCACCGGAGAGAUACACAUCCCGUUACUACCUAAAAUAUAAUUUUCUAGAACAGGCGUUUGACAAGCUGACAGAGGCGGGCUUCCACAUGGUGGCCUGCAGCUCCACGGGCACCUGCGCUUACACCAGCAAUGACCCCAACGAGGACAAAAUCUGGACAAGUUACACCGAAUACGUUUUCUGUCGGGAAUAAACUAUUUAUUCAUGCCCUGCUGUAAAUAAAACAUUUCACACUGUAGAGAAUGUCUUUGAAAUGUAUUGUAUUAUUGGCUCUAAUGAGAGACUGUAUCUGUCUGAUUAUGUUUAUUUAAAAUAACACAAAUUACACAUGCUCAGUAUUUGAUGACCUGGGAAAGAUCUAGAUCCAAACAUUAACAUCGUCUUUAGGUGUGCAUGUCAAUGAUGACACAUUAGCCUAAACCAGUCCAAUAAUAUGUCACUGUAACAUGCCUGAUUACACUGGGCACACUUUGUAUUAGCAGGUUGACUGCAAAUAUGUAAGUAUAUGUACAUUCACAGUAUGUGUUCAACCUGUUCAGAUGAAUAAACUUUUAUUGUGAUUCUCAAAA